AUGGCAUUCCCAUCUUGUGCCUACAUCCUCCUAUUUAUUUAUCUUCUCACUGCACCUGCAAAUGGUUCUUAUUUUACUUCAUCUUUGUUAAACGAUGUUAUUAAGAGAAAAGUACCUACGGGUCCGAACCCAGAGAAACCACCAGAAUCACCACACGCAAUACCAUUUGACAAUAUUAAAAGACGAGUUCCUACCGGUCCAAAUCCAGAGAAACCACCAGAAUCGCCGCACGCAAUAUCAUUUGACAAUAUCAAAAGAAAAGUUCCUACUGGUCCAAAUCCGGAGAAACCACCGGAAUCGCCGCACGCAAUAUCAUUUGAAAAUAUCAAAAGAAAAGUUCCUACUGGUCCAAAUCCGGAGAAACCGCCAGAAUCGCCGCACGCUAUAUCACUUGACAAUAUCAAAAGAAAAGUUCCAACUGGUCCAAAUCCAGAGAAACCACCGGAAUCACCACAUGCAAUACAAUUUAACAAUAUCAAAAGAAGAAUUCCUACGGGACCGAACCCACAAGAACCACCAGCCAUACUACUAAAAAAUAUUAUGAGGAAAAUUCCUACAGGACCAAACCCACAGGAACCACCGGCAAUUCCACUCGACGACAAGAGAAGUGUAAAAAUUCUUGAAACGCCGAACAAAUUGUUGGAACUCGGCAACAAGAGAAAUGUUCGAAUUCCUGAAACACCAGGCAGCCCACUGGCGCUAUAG